ACACAGUGCACUUUUGUGGAAUGAAUGGUUAAUGGCUGGUGGCUGGGAGGGUCCAUGGAGUGGACAGGACCAAGGUGAGCUUUGCAGAAGAUGUGGGAUUUAAAAGGUCUAGAGGUGAAGUGAGGGCACCGCACCCCCCUCCCCUGGGAAAGGCUGGAGGUACUUGGGGUGACUGUGGUGUUCUGGGAAUGAAGGGAGACAUGGCGGGUGUGGAGGCAGGAGGCUGGGUGCGUGGGAAACUUUAUGAAAGAAAAGCUGAGAAGGUGAGGAAUGCUGAGGAGGUGGAAGUGUGGGAGAAAUGGAGAAGCCGGCAGGAGCUCCAGGCUAGAGCGUGGGGAAAGGAGAGGGUGACUAAAAUAGGGAAGACACCGAGCUCAGCUUUAGACACGUUGAGGUUCAUUGUGGGGGCGGGGGGGCAGGAAGGGGCUCAGACCAUCAACGGAAAAUGUCCAGGGUUCUCUAUUCCAUCCAGAGGAUGGGGGUCAAGAUGCCGCCAUGACUCCUACCUGGAGAGCUUUAGAGCCAGGACUCAAGGCUCUCUGGUCUUCAUCCUCUUAGAGGACACCGAGGCCCUGAAGUUCAGGUGACUCAUCAGUACUGGCCAGAGGGUGGAGGGAAGAUCGAAAGGGAAGCUUUGCAGAGACGGCAGGAUAAAUUUUUCAGGGGGGAAGACCUGAAAAAAAGAAAAUAAUGAACAACAGAAAGAGGAGAGAGUGCUUUAGAAAGUUUCCAAGCACUCUGACAGCAGUCGGAGGUUAACAGUUGUUAACCCUUUUAUAGACAGCAGAUUUCCUCUGCCCUCUACCAUCAGGCUUGUUCUGCUGUGGUGAUCAGCAGAUCUCAAAGCCUCAGACACUCCUUUCCCCCGGCUGCAGUGAGAGGGGCAUCCGCAUGGGGAGCGUGGAGGGGCCCCAGCGUGUGGGCACACACAGGGGCGGAGAGGAGAGGGAAACCCCUCACUCCGAGGGCCUUGUCUUGCGCACAGCAGUGCGCAGCUGCGAAGCUUGGUGCUGCCAGGCAGUCUGCUUAGGCAGGAGCCUCCAGGCCUGGCUCUGGGCAUGACUUGGAAAGAAGGGCUGUUGUCUUGGGGUGUCCUCCACCUCCCAUGUCCUGUCUCUCACCCCCUGAUGUCACCAUUCUGCACCGCCGUGUGGCCAGGGUCAUUGGGGGCCACCUGGACAGGGCCCGCCCUGCCUGCCACACCCAGGCUUCCAACCGCCCCUCUCCUUCCCCUGCCAGCCUGGAGAGGAAAGCAGACUAGUUGAAUACAUUUGCCCUUGGGUGGUGGAUGUGAAUUUCCCUCAGGAAUGCUUGCAUUUUAGGAGAAGUUGGUGGCCCCUCACCCUCCAACUUUAACCAAACGCCUGGGCCCUAAGCACUGUGCUUGACACGUCGUUGGCAGCAUUUCACUUGGCCCUGGCAAGGACCUUACUAAGCAGGUGUUAUUUCCUCUUUUUUCCAAAUGGGGACCCAAGGUCCUGAGAGUUUUAGUCAGUUCCCCGAGGUUACCCAGCCAGCAAGUGAUAAAGCUGGGACACAGUCAUGGGCGUCCAGAACCAAAUCCAGCUGUCGGCACUUAGCUUCCACAUCACAGGUGAUGCUGACAUUAGAGGACAAAGACAUGAAGGGGUUCACCUGGGCCAUAGCCCCUGCCUUGACCUCCCUGGGCUACCUGCUUAUACUGCUGGUCUCCAUCUUCCCCUUCUGGGUUCGUCUGGUGAACGAGGAGUCCCAGGAAGUGUUUUUCAGUGGCAUCUUUGAGAACUGCUUCCAUAUCAAGUGCUGGAAGCCACGACCCUUACCCGUUUACAUCAUCGUGGGCCGUGUUUUCCUGCUGUCCGCUGUCAUCUUGUCUUUCCUCACUACCAUCGUCAUGGUGUCCUUUGCAUCUCGGCUCUUUCCGAGGACCCGGAAGCACAAUCUCGUGUCAGCCUUCAUCAGCUUCCUCACAGGGGCCUGUGCCUUCCUGGCCUUGUUGCUGCAUGCCCUGGAGAUCCGGAGUCUGCGGAUGAAGCCCAGCCCCCCGCAGUUCUUCGUGCAGUGGCCUUACUACGUCCUGGGCUUUAGCAUCCUUCUGUUCCUAGUGGCUGGUGCCAUCUGCCUCGUUCAAGAAACAGCCUGCCUUAGCUGUCAUUUGUUGCCCAUUUCCCAGAGUACUGAGGAGACCCAAGAGAUCUCGCACCUGGAAAACAUGGAGAGUUUGGGAGGAGAGCUGAGCUCCAUACAGAGGGAGACGCUGCUGAAGGAGGAAACAGUUAUCUAGACCAAGAUAGUCUGUGCCCUGCCCUUCAUCAAGCUGUGUGAGUGCACACGUGUCACUGUGUGUGGCUCCCCUGCCUCCACCAGUCUCUGCUACUUUUGAUGAGGCUCUUGAGUGUCAAAUCAACCCUCCACUUCCCCUACUCAAAGUGAUUCUGUCUUGCGUGUGUUUGAAAUUUGUUAAAAGUUUUCUGAAUUCUUCUGAGCUUUCUGAGUGAUUUUUUUUGACAAGUGUUUUCAAUAAAACGAUGACUACUGUCUGUUAA